ACUCAACUUCAAAAAUUCUGUUUUCUUUUGUACUUCAUACUUUACAAUUUAUAUUUAUUUUAUAAGAAAUGGCAUUUAAAAGAACAAACCAAAUAGAAGCUUUUAGUUAGAAGGUAUAUGAAUGUUAAUGAAUUGUGCAAACUAACAAAAGUUGUUCACGUUCAUCCAAAAAUUUAUAAAUUAAUAAGUAAAUAAUUUAAUAUUAUAUUUAGGGUAGAGAUGAAUGUAGUUGUGUAUAAUUGGAAUUAUUACUUGCUACAACAGUUAUCCGUAUAAGAUCCGGUCAACUCUGUUACAGGAGAACUGUGUUUAUUUUAUGUAUUUUGGUUUCGAUUUAACUUAAUGAAUAUUUAAACAUUAUAAUAUUUGCUAUGGUUGAUUGAUCGGAUGAAGAAAAGCGUAGAUAUAUUUAAAGAUUUAUUAAAAAAUAAAAAAAAAUUGUAUUCUGUAAAAUAUUUAAGCAUUAUUGCUAUAAACGGAGAAGUAUGCAGUAUUUUGUAUGCAUGUGCUUGUUGAGUCGAAAAUUGAACAACAGCCAAGUUAACAGCGUCUGUGUCUUUCCUUUAUCUGCUUCCUGUUGAACGAAGACAAGUGCUAAGAAAAUGACAAAGAAACGCCGUAACGGAGGUCGUUGCAAACAUAAUCGCGGGCACGUGAAGCCGGUACGCUGUACCAAUUGCGCACGAUGUGUUCCAAAGGAUAAAGCCAUUAAGAAGUUUGUCAUUCGUAAUAUUGUAGAAGCCGCUGCUGUGAGAGACAUUUCUGAAGCUUCAAUCUGGGAAACAUAUAUUUUGCCAAAGCUGUACGCAAAGCUGCAUUAUUGCGUAUCAUGUGCUAUCCAUUCAAAGGUUGUAAGGAAUCGAUCCAAAGAAGCUCGUCGUAUCCGCACACCACCUGUUCGAACUUUUCCUAAGGAUAUGGCUCGGAAUCAACCAAGAAAGUAGAGCAAAUAAAUAUUUUGGAAAUUGACAUAACACAUAA